UGAUAAUGCAAAGCCAAGCCGGAGAAAGGCUUGCAAACUUGCUUAAGAAGUGCACUUUCUCUUGUUCAUGACGUGUGCUCCAUGCAGGCUCUUCGUUAGCUAUUGUAUAUGAUCUUAUGGCAAUGGUACACCGCUUUUUCUAACGGCAUAUCGAAUUUCCUAGGAUUGGGGUGGCGUUUGAGGCUGAAUCUCAUCAUCUUCAUCCUCUUCAUUUUACAGCUUUAAGAACACUAGUAUAUCCAGAGGAACCCUAAGUUCAAGCAAAGUUUAGCACAGAUCAGUCUAUCGACACAUUUAUUCACUACAUUACUUCAAGUCACACCCAAAGGCACUUGCUAUCUUCAUAUCGUUCACUAGGUAUAACCAAAGGUUAUGUGAUGAGACAGAAAGAUGAAGUCCAAAACUAAGCCCACGUCACGCAAAAAGUACCCAGCCAUUACAGCCUUAAGGCGCAAGGUUAACACUGCGAUGGUGUUUAAUCACGAGAAAUCCAAAUUUCUGCCUUAUGAUCAACUUGCUAAACUUGUUACGCCAAGCGCCGUAACCGAUGUUCUCAAAGACGCAGGUGUAUCAUGUGCCGAGAGUCUCACAGAGUUUGUUCUAAAUGGAAACGCAAGAAGACUUUUCCUGAUUCUAGUACUUAUGUCGAGGAAGAAAAUGAAAUUUUCGAUGCUCACUUGCUUCAAGCAAAGCAAGAUCACUGAUGCGUCCUUACCGAUCAAGUUUGACUACGACGACGACAGCGAUGAUGGCGAUGGAAACGAUGACAACGGUGAUAACGAUGGUGACGAUAGCAACUAUGAUAACGAUGACACCGAUGGCACUGAUAACACCGAUGGUAUUGAUGGCACCGAUAGCACCCUACAUUGUUCACACUGGACCUCCCUUGAGACUGGUCGUACCGGAGACCUUUUCGGCGUUUGUGAUCCAGAUGACUUGCUCCUAGUUGAAUACAAUCAAUGGGAAUUAUUGGCACCAGUAUUCAGUCUUGAUCCUUUCCGUAUCGAGCUCAACAAGAAGCGGGUAUUGCCAUAUUUGCAAGCUGAACCGAAGCCUGCUAGUAGUGGAUUCUUUGGUGAAGUAUCGCAGAUAAAAGUUCACCCAGCACAUAUCCCCUCUCUGAUAAAUCCCGAUACACCUGAGACAGCGAUAUCAAUCGCUAUAAAAAAGGCCAAGCAUGGCGAUGAGCUUGCAAAGUUUUUUGACAAGGAGGCGAGCAAUCUCUACAAGAUCCAACAAUACAAAUCACCACAUUUAAUUUCACCAAUUGCUGCAUACCGAAUCGGUGAGGACCGGUGUCUCGUUUUCCGAUGGGCAGACGGCGGUAACCUGUUAAAUUAUUGGGAAAAGUCCUCGAAUCAGAACCUAGAUCGUGACAGCUUACACUGGCUUCUUAGCCAAGUUAAGGGGAUCUGCUCGGCCCUCCGUGACUUACACGAGGAGAAUACCAGGCAUGGAGACUUGAAGCCUGAGAAUAUUCUCUGGUUCAAGAACAGCAUGGGUCGUGGGAUUUUGCAAAUCGCCGACUUGGGGCUUGCUGCGUUCCACGAGAAAGAAGCAGAUACCCAGAAUCGUAAAGGGAUAGGAACUUCCACACCCUCAGGAACAUCAAGAUAUGAGCCGCCAGAGAUGGACGAAAAGCGAAACAAAGAUGAUCCUCGGUCUCGGCAAUACGACAUAUGGUCAAUAGGCUGCGUCUUGCUUGAACUAUUACUAUGGCUCAUGUACGGCUACGGAAGCCUAGGCAUAUUUACUAACGAAACUCCUCAUUUUUGGUACACAUCAACUAAAAGGGUUUAUAUUGUCCAUCCUUACGUUGAAUCAUGCAUGAAAGUUAUGAUGGAGGACCUCAAAGGUAAGAUGAACGUGAAGGUGUAUAUUGAUCUUCUCGAUCUAGUCCGGGACAGGCUUCUGGUCGUCGCGGUUUCAGAUUCUUAUCAGAGUUCACCAACGCAUCGAGAGACGGCCAAUAAUCUAUGCGAGAGAAUGGAGCGUAUUGCCAAAGAAAGUACUGAUCAUUUCGCUGUUAUUAAAUUGGAAUACCCGGCCGAUAGAAUCUCGAAGCAGACAUUUUACAAGAUCGACGGCAGUCUAGCACUGCCCCAACGCGGAGAUGUCCAUAGGCUUCCUCCUAUUCCAUCCGCUGAUCCUGCAUCGGGUGCUCCUAGUAUCGGCGGGAAUGGAAUCCCUAUCCGCCUUCAUGCACCAACGGGAGAGGGCAAUUUGAGCUCUGAGAGCACAGAUGCAUUGGGGAAAACGGUUCAAUCAAUUCAUCAGGAACAUACCAGUAUUCUCGAUGAUGAAUGGAGUUUUACACCCGACGACGAGUUUGCAAUACGAUUUCUUAAUUCGGUUGGAUGGGAUAAAGUCAAGCCUGGGCAACCAAACGUUAUUCCUUCACUAUGCACGGGCUGCAGCGAUUUACAGUCGACCCUAAUGUUCGAUAGCGAGUAUGAUAUUUCGUAUCUAAAGCUAAUGUCAGAAACUUGUAAUUUGUGCAACCUUUUCUCCAAGUCAUUAGCUAGUACUGGAACAAACCCCCUAGAUAUCACUACGCUGAGACGGGAUGGGGUUACAGUAAGUGUUAAGGAUGGCCCAAAGCUCUUGUCAAUCUAUACAGAUCCAGACUCGAAUCGCCCUAAAGGCGCCCAGUUAGGAUUGCCUAAGCUUUUACAACCGGGUAGCUGUGACCAAUUUGCUCUACUGCAACAGUGGAUCAAUGUAUGCGAUUCUAGCCAUGAGAUGUGUCGUCGUAACGAUGAGUAUGUCCCGACCAUGCCGACCCGCCUAAUCGAAGUUGGCAAUCCUAUCAGGCUUGUCGAUUCAACUAGAGUUGCUCCAUCACCAUAUAUCGCUUUAAGCCAUUGUUGGGGACUACCCGGGGAUAACACAAAAUUCUGCACAUUUAGGCACAAUAUCAAUCAGUUCAAAGACUCAAUCGACUUCAAAUGGCUCCCUGCCACAUUUAGGGAUGCUGUAAGCGUUACUCGCGGACUUGGUCUCGCGUAUAUCUGGAUUGACUCGCUCUGCAUUAUUCAGGAUGAUGAAUUAGACUGGCAAAAUGAGGCGGGUAGGAUGGAGCAGGUAUUUAGCGGAGCGUACUUCACAAUUGCGGCAAGCUCGGCCAAGUCAUCCAAUGAGGGGUUUCUCUCACCGCGUACACAGCGUCCUUGUGUUCAGCUGUCUAUGCAGGGCAUGAGACAGCUUUACGUAUGCCCGAACAUUGACGAUUUUCAUAAGGAUAUCGAAGCAGGGGAGCUCAACCGCCGGGGUUGGGUAUUGCAAGAGAGAGUUUUAUCUCGGCGCUCAAUCUACUUCAGUUCUAAUCAAGUUUAUUGGGAAUGCGGUGCUGGGGUGCGUUGCGAGACCUUAGCAUGUCUCUAUAAUUCCAAGACCGCAUUCCUCGGCGACGCUAAUUUUCCUAAGUCCGCAUUGGAAUACUAUCGGGAUGGAAGGCAAGUACUUAUCCAGGACCUGUAUGAGAGGUACUCCGGACUAGCAUUUACAAGACCCUCAGAUAGGGCUGUGGCAAUCCUCGGUCUACAGAAACGGCUAGCGGAGGCUUUCAAGUCAAAAGCGAUGUUUGGGCUUUUUGCGACCUACUUUGCGAGAGGUUUAUUAUGGCGGCGUCGUGAUAAACGCAUGGGGCGCAUUGCCUGGCCGAGUGGACGCCACGUUCCAAGCUGGUCUUGGUUCUCAAAGGAGGGGCCUAUUAAAUAUAUGAACCUCCAGUUCGAGAAGAUUGAAUGGGCCACCAAGGAGUUCAAGAGCCCCUUUCAACGUCACCCUACUGCUACCUUUGAGUAUCCAAUAGAAGCACAUAAGGAUGAAAACUUUGGCAUCAUACAGGGUCGGGCUAGAAAAGUGAACCUCACAAAGCUGGAGAUGCUCGUACGGAUUGUUUUCGAUGCUGAGGAGGAAUUCGAUGUUGAAAAUUUACGUUGCGUAGUUAUUGGGCGAGAUAAAAGAGACAACGGUGUGGAUGAGCCAAAACAGCAUGUGCUUGUUGUUCAUCCACUCAAUGAAAUAGCUUAUGAAAGAGUUGGUGUCGCAUCUCUGAGACCAGCGCAUUUGGGAGAUGGUGGACCUUGGAUUGCAAUUUACUGACUAGGUUCUUUAAAAUAAUGAGGGUUACUAUAUUAUUAUUUCUAGGGGAAGAUUGUUUGAUUCAUAAAACAAUUUUGAUUAUACAAGAAAUUCAAUCCUCGUGCG